AUGGGCUGCUGCUCGCCGCGGUGCAUGCUGAUAGCCCUGUGCUGUCUACAGUUGGUGACGGCAAUGGAGCGGCAAGUCCUGGACUACCUGGGGUACCAGUGGGCCCCCAUCAUGGUCAACUUCUUCCAGAUCGUCAUGGUGAUCCUGGGCCUGUUCGGUGCCAUCCAGUAUCGGUCACGAUACGUCGUCAUGUACUUGCUCUGGACCUUGCUGUGGCUCGGCUGGAAUGUCUUUGUCUGCUGCCUGUACUUGGAUUUAGGAGGUCUUUCAAAGGAGAGUGAGGUUCUGACCCUGGGCCUGUCGUCCCAUCGCUCCUGGUGGGCAGAAAACACUCCUGGUUGUGAGUCUGAGUCGCAGCUGGUGUCUUCUUCCUGGUCCCAGCAGCAGGACCCAGAGCUCAUGGUGCUGCUCUGCUGGUUCCAGUACCAGCACAUCGAGAUCCUGCACUGCUGCCUCCAGCUGCUGGUCUCUCUCCUUGGAUUUGUUUACGCCUGUUACGUCGUCCAUAUCUUUGCAGAUGACAAUGACACCUAUUUCAAAUACCUGUGA